AUGUCGAAAGGUGGAAUAAUAUUGCCGAUCGUAGGCGGUGAGUCCCGCAUGAUAGUCCUGGGUGAAGUUCCACCGUCGCAACCGGAGCAGGAACAGGAACCCGCGCAGGAUGUGGCGGCACAGUGGUUGCAGACAGAGAAUCAAACGAAUGCCGCGGUCACGGCCAACAACGUGCCGGCGACCGCGAGCCGAAACAGAACGAACGUACCACCGGUCCCGCAGCCGAGACAGAGAAUCGGCAAGCCAGAAAUUAGGGUUCCGGGAAACAGGAAUCAUCAUAUCCAAAGUGCUAUCGAUGUGAAGGACAGCGAGUCACCUACAGUGCCGAAGCCUCCUCGAAGGGAUCUGGACAGUUCGAAUUCUGCGACAAGUAGAAGAAAGAUAAUACCUGUGGAUUUUGAUUUGAAGCUUGACGCGGAAGACGAAGAUGACGACGAAGAUUACAAUGAUGAAUUGGCAGUAACAAGAUUCGAGGAAGAGGACGAAGGAUCGAAUUAUUGGCAAUUGAAAGAGGAUUAUACAUUUGGUGAUAGGGAUAGUGCUCGCGUUAGGCAUAAAGAUCAAAGGGAUGACGACGAAGCAGGUUCUGCAAAUCCUUGGCGAAGAACCGGUGGUUUACGUUUAACCAGGAACGAGUAUCAUCGAUUUUGCGAUACGCAACUUGAAUCGUACGAUCUUGCGACGCAGUGUCCAUCUAGAAGAGCAUCGGCUCGAAAACAUGCAAGACGCAGUAUAGCACUUACAGCGUUAACUGGUACCACGUCUCUUCCUCAUUCGAGGCCACAGAGUCGUCAGUACAUAGGUGCAACAGAGUCGUCGUUGAGUCAAGGCCCGAGUCCCAACAUCAGCGUGAAUCCCAGCCCGAGUUUGAGCCCGCAACCGAGAGCAAGGCAACCGCGACGAUCGCAAACUAUCGCCGAAGGUACAAAGGAUAGUGAGGAUCAAAAUGAAGACUGGCAAGAUGAUAAAGGACAGAAGCCUACGUUAGGCGACAUGUUCCUGGAUGAAAGGCUUUCUUUAACCCUGGAAGAGAUUGUGCAUAUUCGUAGUGUACUAACCAAAGCAGAAUUGGAAUCUUUGCCCGUAGAGGGUCGAGUAAAGGAAGAUGUAGAGAAGAGACGCGUUUGUUUCCUUUGCUUAAAAACUAGAUUCGGACUGUUAGGACCGUGGGGGCAGCGUUGUCGUUUGUGCGAGAGGACAAUGCGAAUACCAACUGAACAUUUCGCCCACGUCCCGGUAGUUUUAUUAUCUCCUGGUCUUCUUCUUUCCCCAUCAUCGUCAGAGCCAGACACUAGUAAGAGUUCUUGGUUAAGAGGUACCGGAGCAGCUGGAUCUGCGCCGGCAUCACCAGCCUCCAGACGCAAGAAUUCGUCGUUGAAAAGCGUGACACCUUCAUCCACGCCUACUACUACACCUGUUUUGAUACUCACACCGACCUCCACACCGCCUUCUCAUGCUCGCCGUGAAACAGAGACUCAGGAUAAAAGGAGUUGCAAAAGUACUGGCAGCCCAGCCAAUGUACCAUCACCGAAGGCAUUCUCCAGUUUCACUAGUCAAAGCUCGGAACAACGAUUAGUUGCAGAAAGAUUGAGAGGCGUCUCUAUGGUAGUCUGCCAUGACUGCCGUAUUAUGGUGAUACAGAUAAUUAAGAGUUCAAGAACAACACGGGCUACGAUACGAAACAACGUUAUCUCGCGACUUACUUUGAACCUUUCGCCAGCCUACGUUUGAAUUCUCUCCAAAGAAGCAAAGCUCUAUGCACGAGAUUUCUGUUGGAUAAAAUCAUUGGCGCGUCUGGUUUUCGAUUCAGCUAAUGGGUAACAUGCUAUUUAUGCCAAUAAGUGAGGCACGUAGAUUAGAUUUCUCCCUCUUAUACCGGGUGUCUCCUUGUGCUCCUUACGCCACAGUAUCUCCUACAAAAUAGUUGUGGCUACGUUUGAAGGAAACGAGCACAACAAAGUGCUACAUAUCGCACGAGAUCAAGUAUUACGUUUGUUUGUUAAAAAUUUAACAUUUAACGUUAUUAUUUUUGUGGAACUUCGUUUUAAGAAACGAAGUUCCUUCCUCGAAUAAUUUCGUUCAAUUUUUUUUCCUGUGCAAAAGAACUGUCGAAAAAUCAAAAAUUUCGUUUGAUUGAGUUUGAAGCGUUAAAUCUAUAAUAUAUUUUAAUAACACGGAUAAAGAGAAAUUCAACGGAAGAAUCUAAUGUAAAAAUCGGCACACAGUGGCAUUUAAUAUAGUCUACGUACCUACAUCAGGCUUACAUCUAAGUAGAUCGUUAAUGCAUGCAAAUUUGAAUGAAAACAAAUACAAUUAGAAUCAAGUAUUUAAUUACGAUAGCUAAGGUUCCAUUUGGUUUCCUCAAGAACAAUGAGCUACUUUUCGCUUUCCAUUUCAAUAAUCACUACUGAUAAUUAUAUCGAUUUAAAAAAAAAAAAAAAAA